GCGGAGACGGCGGGGAAAAAUGGCUGCCGGCUACGGUGAGGGCGACGCGCUGAAAGCCGCAGUCUCUCCCUUUCUAGUCUUCUGACAGCGCCUGCGGCAAAGCGGGUCCUUUCCGCCGGAGCUGUGGAAGCCGUCCUUGGGCCAGGUUCUGAGACGGUAUUGUAGCUUUCUGUGAAAAUGUCAGUUCUCAUAUCACAGAGCGUAAUAAAUUAUGUAGAAGAAGAAAACAUUCCUGCUUUGAAAGCUCUUCUUGAAAAAUGCAAGGAUGUAGAUGAGAGAAAUGAGUGUGGCCAGACUCCACUGAUGAUAGCUGCUGAACAAGGCAAUCUGGAAAUAGUGAAAGAAUUAAUUAAGAAUGGAGCUAAUUGCAAUCUGGAAGAUAUGGAUAACUGGACAGCACUUAUAUCAGCGUCAAAAGAAGGGCACCUGCACAUUGUGGAAGAACUGCUUAAAUGUGGGGCUAACCUGGAGCACCGUGAUAUGGGAGGAUGGACAGCUCUUAUGUGGGCAUGUUAUAAAGGCCGUACUGAAGUGGUCGAGUUGCUUCUUUCUAAUGGUGCCAAUCCAAGUGUUACUGGUCUGCAGUACAGUGUUUACCCAAUCAUCUGGGCAGCAGGGAGAGGCCAUGCAGAUAUAGUGCAACUUUUACUGCAAAAUGGUGCUAAAGUCAACUGCUCCGAUAAGUAUGGAACCACCCCGUUGGUUUGGGCUGCACGAAAGGGUCAUUUGGAAUGUGUAAAACAUUUAUUGGCUAUGGGGGCUGAUGUUGAUCAAGAAGGAGCUAAUUCAAUGACUGCACUUAUUGUGGCAGUAAAAGGAGGCUACACACAGUCAGUAAAAGAAAUUUUGAAGAGGAAUCCAAAUGUAAAUUUAACCGAUAAGGAUGGAAAUACAGCUUUGAUGAUUGCAUCAAAGGAGGGACAUACAGAAAUUGUACAGGAUCUACUUGAUGCUGGAACAUAUGUGAACAUACCUGAUAGGAGUGGAGAUACUGUUUUAAUUGGUGCUGUCAGAGGUGGUCAUGUGGAAAUUGUUCGAGCACUUCUUCAAAAAUAUGCUGAUAUAGACAUUAGAGGACAGGACAAUAAAACUGCUUUGUAUUGGGCUGUUGAGAAAGGAAAUGCAACAAUGGUGAGAGAUAUCUUACAGUGCAAUCCUGACACUGAAAUAUGCACAAAGGAUGGUGAAACACCUCUUAUAAAGGCUACCAAGAUGAGAAAUAUAGAAGUAGUAGAGCUGCUGCUGGAUAAAGGAGCUAAAGUAUCUGCCGUAGAUAAGAAAGGAGACACUCCUUUGCAUAUUGCUAUUCGUGGGAGGAGUCGGAAACUGGCAGAACUUCUUUUAAGAAAUCCCAAAGAUGGACGGUUACUUUAUAGGCCCAACAAAGCAGGCGAGACUCCCUACAACAUUGACUGUAGCCAUCAGAAAAGUAUUUUAACUCAAAUAUUUGGAGCCAGACACUUGUCUCCUACGGAAACAGAUGGUGACAUGCUUGGUUAUGAUCUGUAUAGCAGUGCCCUGGCAGAUAUUCUCAGUGAACCUACCAUGCAGCCGCCCAUUUGUGUGGGGCUGUAUGCACAGUGGGGAAGUGGGAAAUCCUUCUUGCUCAAGAAACUAGAAGAUGAAAUGAAAACCUUUGCAGGACAACAGAUUGAACCUCUUUUUCAGUUUUCAUGGCUUAUAGUAUUUCUGACCCUGCUUCUUUGUGGAGGCCUUGGUUUAUUGUUUGCUUUUACGAUUGACCCAAAUCUUGGAAUAGCGGUGUCAUUGAGCUUCUUGGCUCUCUUAUAUAUAUUUUUUAUUGUUGUUUACUUUGGUGGACGAAGGGAAGGAGAGAAUUGGAAUUGGGCCUGGGUCCUCAGUACUAGAUUGGCAAGACAUAUUGGGUAUUUGGAGCUCCUCCUCAAAUUGAUGUUUGUGAAUCCGCCUGAAUUGCCAGAGCAAACCACUAAAGCUUUACCUGUGAGGUUUUUGUUUACAGAUUACAAUAGGUUGUCCAGUGUAGGUGGAGAAACAUCAAUGGCUGAAAUGAUUGCCACCCUCUCGGAUGCUUGUGAAAGAGAGUUUGGCUUUUUGGCAACCAGGCUUUUCCGAGUAUUCAAGACUGAAGAUACGCAGGGUAAAAAUAAAUGGAAAAAAACGUGUUGUCUCCCAUCUUUCGUCAUCUUCCUUUUUAUCUUUGGCUGCAUUAUUGCUGGAAUUACUCUUCUGGCUAUAUUCAGAGUUGACCCAAAGCAUCUGACAGUGAAUGCCGUCCUCAUAUCAGUUGCGUCGAUAGUGGGAUUGGCCUUUGUGCUGAAUUGUCGUACAUGGUGGCAGGUGCUGGACUCGCUCCUGAAUUCUCAAAGGAAACGCCUCCAUAAUGCUGCCUCCAAACUGCACAAAUUGAAAAGUGAAGGAUUCAUGAAAGUUCUUAAGUGUGAAGUGGAAUUGAUGGCCAGGAUGGCAAAAACCAUUGAUAGCUUCACUCAGAAUCAGACAAGGCUGGUGGUUAUCAUCGACGGGCUGGAUGCCUGUGAGCAGGACAGAGUACUCCAGAUGCUGGACACCGUCCGAGUUCUGUUUUCAAAAGGCCCAUUCAUUGCUAUUUUUGCAAGUGAUCCACAUAUUAUUAUAAAGGCAAUUAACCAGAACCUCAACAGCGUGCUUCGUGACUCAAACAUCAAUGGACACGACUAUAUGCGCAACAUAGUUCAUCUGCCUGUUUUCCUCAAUAGCCGUGGGCUAAGCAGUGCAAGGAAAUUUCUUGUCACCUCAGCAGCUAAUGGAGAUAUUCCAUGCCCAGAUAAUACAGGGUUGCAGGAAGAUGCUGACAGGAGAGUUUCACAAAACAGCCUUGGAGAGAUGACAAAACUUGGUAGUAAGACGGCCCUUAAUAGACGGGAUACUUACCGAAGAAGACAGAUGCAGCGCACGAUUACUCGGCAGAUGUCCUUUGAUCUUACAAAACUGCUGGUUACAGAGGACUGGUUCAGUGACAUAAGUCCUCAGACCAUGAGAAGAUUACUUAAUAUUGUUUCUGUGACAGGGCGAUUACUGAGAGCCAAUCAGAUAAGUUUCAACUGGGAUAGGCUUGCUAGCUGGAUCAACCUUACUGAGCAGUGGCCAUACCGAACUUCAUGGCUCAUAUUAUAUUUGGAAGAGACUGAAGGUAUUCCAGAUCAAAUGACAUUAAAAACCAUCUAUGAAAGAAUAUCAAAGAAUAUUCCAACAACUAAAGAUGUUGAGCCACUCCUGGAAAUAGAUGGAGAUAUAAGAAAUUUUGAAGUGUUUUUGUCUUCAAGGACCCCAGUUCUUGUGGCUCGAGAUGUAAAAACCUUUUUGCCAUGCACUGUAAAUCUAGACCCCAAACUACGGGAAAUAAUUGCAGAUGUUCGAGCUGCAAGAGACCAGAUUAAUAUCGGAGGACUUGCGUAUCCCCCGCUACCUCUGCACGAAGCUCCCCCUAGACCACCGUCCGGCUACAGCCAGCCUGCGUCGGCCUGCUCUUCUUCCGCCUCCUUCAGUGCCCCGUUUGGAGGAGGGGUUGUGUCACCACAGCCUCAUAGCAGCUAUUACAGUGGUAUGACGGGACCCCAGCAUCCGUUCUACAACAGGCCAUUCUUUGCCCCUUACCUUUACACGCCAAGGUACUACCCUGGCGGCUCCCAACAUCUCAUCUCACGUCCAUCAGUAAAAACGAAUUUGCCCAGAGAUCAGAGCAAUGGCCUAGAGGUUAUCAAGGAGGAUGCUGCUGAGGGGUUUUCUUCACCCACAGACUCCUCGAGGGAGCAGACUGGGAUGAGAAAGCUAAAGCUGCCGUGGCCGUGUGACUCUGGGUUUAACAAACAGAGACAGGGAUCAGGCCCAGCCUCAGGAACAAUAUCACUGAAUUCAAUGAAUGUGGAUGCGGUUUGUGAGAAACUGAAACAGAUAGAAGGGCUGGACCAGAGCAUGCUGCCUCAGUAUUGUGCGACCAUCAAGAAGGCAAACAUAAAUGGCCGUGUGUUAGCUCAGUGUAACAUUGAUGAACUGAAGAAGGAAAUGAAUAUGAAUUUUGGAGACUGGCAUCUUUUUAGGAGCACAGUACUAGAAAUGAGAAAUGCAGAAAACCAGGUGGUCCCUGAGGACCCACGUUUACUGAGUGAAAACAGCAGCUCAGUUCCUCGCGGUGAAUCUGCGCACCGCUCGUCACACGAGUUGCCUCACACCGAGCUCUCCAGUCAGACUCCCUACACACUGAACUUCAGCUUUGAAGAGCUGAACACACUCGGCCUGGAUGAAGGGGCUCCACGUCACAGUAACCUAAGUUGGCAGUCACAAACUCGCAGAACCCCAAGUCUAUCGAGUCUCACUUCCCAGGAUUCCAGUAUUGAAAUUUCAAAGCUUACUGAUAAGGUGCAGGCUGAGUAUAGAGAUGCCUAUAGAGAAUAUAUUGCCCAGAUGUCUCAGUUAGAAGGGGGCACGGGUUCCACAACAAUGAGUGGCAGGUCUUCUCCACACAGCACAUAUUAUAUGGGUCAGAGUUCAUCCGGGGGCUCCAUUCACUCUAAUCUAGAACCAGAGAAAGGGAGGGAUAGUGAACCAAAGCCAGAUGAUGGAAGGAAGUCAUUUUUAAUGAAGAGGGGAGAUGUUAUAGAUUAUUCCUCAUCAGGAGUUUCCACUAACGAUGCCUCACCCCUGGAUCCUAUCACUGAAGAGGAUGAAAAAUCUGAUCAGUCAGGCAGCAAGCUUCUCCCAAGCAAGAAGUCCUCAGAAAGGUCAAGUCUCUUCCAGACAGAUUUGAAGCUGAAGGGAGGUGGGCUGCGCUAUCAGAAACUUCCAAGUGAUGAAGAUGAGUCUGGGACAGAAGAAUCAGACAAUACUCCACUGCUCAAAGAUGACAGAGACAAAAAAGCUGAAGGGAAAGUAGAGAGAGUGUUGAAGUCUCCAGAACACAGUGCGGAGCCUAUUAGAACCUUCAUUAAGGCAAAAGAGUAUCUAUCAGACGCCCUCCUUGACAAAAAGGACUCAUCUGAUUCGGGAGUGAGAUCCAGUGAGAGCUCUCCCAGCCACUCCCUUCACAAUGAAGCGGCUGAUGGCUCCCAGCUUGAAAAGGCAAACCUCAUAGAGCUCGAAGAUGACGGCCACAGUGGGGAACGGGGAACACCACAUAGCUUGAGUGGCCUGCAAGACCCACUUGUAGCUCGGAUGUCCAUUUGUUCAGAAGACAAGAAAAGCCCUUCUGAAUGCAGCUUGAUAGCCAGCAGCCCUGAAGAAAACUGGCCAGCGUGCCACAAAGCCUACAAUCUGAAUCGCACACCCAGCACUGUGACUCUGAACAACAACAGUGCUCCAGCCAAUAGAGCCAACCAGAAUUCUGAUGAAAUGGAGGGGCUUAGGGAGACGCCCCAAGUCAUCUUGAGGUCUGGUUCCAGUUCCCACUCAACUGCCAUUCAGAAUGAAAAUCUAAAAAGCAUGACGCAUAAGAGAAGCCAGCGUUCAAGUUAUAUGAGGCUCUCGAAAGAUUCUUCAGAGCUGCACGCAGUAGCCUCUUCUGAUAGUACAGGCUUUGGAGAAGAAAGAGAAAGCAUUCUUUAAGAAAAACAAGCAACUUUAAGAAAAACAAGCAAAAGCAGAAUAGUGUUACUGUAAUCCCUGUGACAAGACUGACCUGAGUUUUAUGGUGAAUCCAUCCACGCACACCACCUGUACAUUUCACUCACAAUUAACGGAUGAGAAGGUCUUUGGUAAAAGAGACAUACACUGUACAACAGAGGGAAGUAUAAGAUAGCCUGGUCCAUCUGUCAGCCCCCGUUGUCUUUGUACUUAGCAGCUUAAAAACCCGAUAUUGUUAUUGCACCUUUCGUUGGCAUAUAACUGCAAGACAAGAUCUGAGUAUAAAGAUAGGUCAGAAAUAGUUUAUUAAAUAUAAAGGGCUUAAUUCGCCAACAGAAAUUCAAAGCUAGAGACCCCUUUCGUAGAACAUUCAUUCAUUAAAUAUUUGAGGGAAGACAUGAUGUUAAAUGAACCAGAAGCACAUUUUGCUCUUAAGGGGUGAAACAUAAGAACUUACAGCUUAUGGAAUAGCCUAGAGACUAAAGGUUAAUGCUCUGUAAGUUGCAAUCCGGUGUUCUGUAUAAUAGACAAAUUGCUUAUCAAAGUUUUUAAAUUUUAAGUAGAAAAUAUAAAGAGGGCUUUAAAAAUUGGUAAGAAUGUGAGUCCACAGUGCCCAAAGUAGAGCCCCAGUAACUGGGUCAUUGUGAGCUGCUAGGAGAGUGGCCCAUGGAGAGGGGCUGAUCACCUUCCUAUGACCUGGAUGCUCUUCUCUCCAGAUCCCAGACCUGGCUUCAAGCACCAUCCACCUGCCCGAGAACCCGCCCUGGUCUACUCUGUAGCUCCUUUAGAUCGUGUGCUCAGCUUUCCUUAGUGAGCCGAGCGAUGAGAGGAAAAAAAUGAAUUCUUCUCUGGGAGAAUCAGGGAGACAUGGAUAAUAAUAGGCACUAAAAAUCUUCAUGGAAUGGGAGACUGAGGACAUAACUAUAGCAGAAGGGUCAGUGACAGUUGACAAGUGACAAGGAAAUAUUUAGUUAGGGAAACCGAAAUCACUGCCUUCUAUACCAGGGCAAGGUUUAUCUGCUUCACCAGUUCCUAAAUCAGCAUGUUAAUUCUGGGGGAGGUUCCUAAGAAAUACUUGUAGACAAAAGUUUAAAAACAUGUAACAAAGCAAGAGUAAAAAGAAGAUAAAUCUGGGUGUGACUUUUCAUUUACUGUUAGCAGAGUUAAGAGAAUGAUCACAUUUAAAUAUUGUGUGGACUAGAAAUUUACCCUGGCAUCAUGUAUUGACACUUUUUUGGUCAUUUUAACAUAGCUUACUUAUGUAGAACAAUUUUGGUAGUAUAUCUUCAGUCACAGAUAAGAUUGUAGGUGGUGAGAUCAUAGAGGAGCAGUUACCUAAAUUUAGUGUUUACAUUUUUGAUGUUUUUCACUUACUGGAUUUUUAAUAUGCUGAAUAGUUUAUCUACUUGACCAGUCGUUGCAUUAAAAAGUUGCUCUUUUGGGUUUCAUUGCCUUGAUGUUUGAGUGUAAUCUAACAUUUUCAUAAAGUGUUUAUUUUGCAUGACCUUAACAAAUGUUUUAACCAAUUGAAAAAGAAGGCAGGAUGUUGUUGACAUUGUACGUUGAAAUGUUAACAUUUUAGUACUUACGGUGUUUAUUAGUCUGCAGUACUGUGUAAUUAGUAAUUAUUUCAGGGGCGAUACUUUGUUCCUUUUCAGGUGAGUAGAUGCAGCUUAAUAUCACUGUAGUGUAUUCUUUAUUCUGUUUGUAAAGUUAAUACCAGAGUAUUAAGUGUACAGAUAGAUUUAGAAAACAAUAAAAAAAGUUGCAUGCUA